AUGGCCGCGUCCAACAAGACGAAACGUAAGCAAAAGUCAAAGAAGUCUUCAAACACUGCCAAAAAUGGUGAUUCUAGACGGGAAUUGUUGGAAUUUGUUGGUCAAUUAAAGGCCAAGAGGAAUUUAAAUAACACAGUUGCCAACCAACCAGCCAUCCUUGAAGCUGUUCACAAUGAUUCUGCUGCCGAUCCUGAGCAUUUCAAAUCGGUCUUCGCCAAAUUUCAGCCACCGAAGGUAAUUGAAGAUCAUGAUAUUGAGUCUACUACUCCUAUUGGCAUUCGAACUCUGGAAGUUUUGGAAGCAGAUGAACCUGAAGAAAAGAGCCUGGUAGAUACAGGCGAUACUUCUCAGCCUUCACAACAAGCGCCUCAGCUUUCGAACCGCAAACAACGUCGUCUCGCCAAAAUCUCUUUGGCAGAGUUGAAAUCUAAGGUAUUAUAUCCGGAGCUCGUUCAGUGGUACGAUUGUGACGCCGCUAAUCCGGUCCUAUUGGCCCAAAUAAAAUCCUCAAAAAAUGUCGUGCAAGUACCGAAUCAUUGGCAGCUCAAGAGGGAAUAUCUAUCAGGAAGAUCGGUAACCGCGAAAAAACCGUUUGAGCUGCCUUCAAUCAUCCGUCAGACGAACAUAGAGGAAAUGCGCAACACAUUGCCUACCCAGGGCGCCACUGAAGAACAGUCGUUGAAAGAAAACGCUCGGGCUCGGAUACGACCAAAGCUAGGCAGUUUAGAUCUUGACUAUCGAAAACUCCAUGACGCUUUUUUUAAGAUUGGAAGAACGUGGAAGCCGGAUUACAUGCUACGUUACGGUGAUAUGUAUUAUGAAAAUCGUAAUCUGCAAGAAGAAAGUGGGUGGAAGCAAAUGGAGAAGAAUUUACGGCCGGGGAAGCUAAGUAAAGAGCUGAGGAUUGCUAUGGGACUACCAGAGGGUAAACUCCCGCCUUGGUGUGCCAAAUUCAAUGAGCUCGGUAUGCCCCCUUCCUAUCCUGAUUAUAAAGUUGCUGGUGUUAAUUGGGAUAUCACGAACCUUCAUGACAACGUCUACGGAGUGCUAGGUGCGGAGCAAAAAAUCCACUCAGACCCUCCAUUAUUUGGGCAGAUGAUUCAACUGGAUGAUGAAAUCGAAAGCAGCGAGGAGACUGGAGCUUCUUCGGCGCACAACCCCUCACCCAAUGGUAAGAAUGACAAAGAUGCCACUGAGCUUGAAAGGUCUGCUGAAAAGGACAAGAGAAUAGAAGAUGAGGUACGCGCUAGAACCAUGGGGGAGUUACUCAAGCGCAGAAACCAGGAAAAGCUUUCACAGGAAGGUCAAGAAAAACCAAGAAAACUAUAUUCUGUCAUACAUCAGAAAGAUACCGCAGCGGAGUCUGAGCUUACUGGAACAAGCAUUGCAUAUGAUUUAGACAAAUCGAGAGAGGAUCAGGCACCAUCUCAAGCUGGGGCAGUAGAAAAAAUCCCGGUACAGUCUCAUAAAAGUGAACAGGGUUCGACCAAGCAGGAAGAAUCAAAAACCUUCAAAUUUUGA